AUGGCACGCAUGAACCGGCCCGCGCCCGUGGAGGUCAGCUACAAGAAUAUGCGUUUUCUGAUCACGCACAACCCCACCAAUGCCACGCUCAGCACCUUCAUUGAGGACCUGAAGAAGUAUGGAGCCACUACUGUGGUGCGUGUGUGUGAGGUGACCUACGACAAGGCCCCCCUGGAGAAGGACGGCAUCACUGUGGUGGACUGGCCGUUUGAUGAUGGGGCCCCUCCACCUGGGAAGGUCGUGGAAGACUGGCUGAGCCUGCUCAAGGCCAAGUUCUGCGAUGACCCUGGCAGCUGCGUGGCCGUGCACUGUGUGGCUGGCCUGGGACGAGCCCCAGUCCUCGUGGCGCUGGCCCUGAUCGAGAGCGGCAUGAAGUAUGAGGACGCCAUCCAGUUCAUCCGGCAGAAGCGGCGUGGCGCCAUCAACAGCAAGCAGCUCACCUACCUGGAAAAGUAUCGGCCCAAACAGAGACUGCGCUUCCGGGGCCCCCAAACGCACAAGACCAGGUGCUGUGUCAUGUAGCUCAGGCGCCGUG